AUGACAACAACGACAUCAGAAGCCCAUCAUUCGGUGAAUCAUCAUCAUUCGAGUGGGACAGAUGGAGAAACUAGCAAGACGGUGGAACAAGUUAUUGAUCGGAGACUAGUCAAUGGUGCAGUCGAGUAUUACAUAAAGUGGAAAGGAUUCUCAUCCGAGUACAACACUUGGGAAAACGAACACAAUCUGGAUGAUGCAGUUGAACUGAUGUUACAAUUCGACCAGGAUAAAGCCAACAUUUUGCGAAGCAAAUUGGAAUGCAAUUCAAGCGAACACGACGAAAGCUCCGAUGAUUCUUUUGAUUCAGUCGUGAAACGCUACAAGCUGCAAAAGGAGCGGGAGACUGUCACCGAACAAGGCACUGCCAAUUCAUGUAGCGAAGAUGGGGAGGAAGAGAAAAAGGCCAUGGGAUUCUGCAAAUUCUUGAUGAAAUGGAAAGACUCUGAGGAAAGCGAUCUUGUACCGGUGGAACAAGCAAACAUCAGAUGUGCAGAAAUUGUGAUACAAUUCUAUGAAGCACGAUUCCCUUGGAACGUAACUGAGUCUACCGAAAAGGAAGAAAAAUUCAACCGACCACCGACGACAACGUAA